AUGGCACGGAAAAGGCAUCUUGACUUGGAGGACUCUCCUCCCAAGGGUCCUACCAAGGAGUCCAAAGCUGCGAGAUUCAAUGCUCAUGUAUUGAAAUGGUUACAGGCCGCUGUCGCUAAAGAUCCAGAGAUCAACUUGGCCGAGCAAUUCCCAUUUGAAUAUCCACAACGUCUCAUGGAUAUGCGAAAUUCAGGCGAUCCCUCUCCCAAAGUAGUCGUCAAAGCGGUUCGCAACAUGGAGGACUACACUGAAUACACCACAUUACAAUAUCUUGACAGUCACAAGUCAAGCAUUCCAGCACCUAAGCCUCUUGGAGUGGUGCUUAUGAGUCGAAUUUCUUUCAUAUUCAUGAGCCACGCGCGAUCUACGCCACUUGCAGAAGUCUGGAACACACUCGACUCUUCUCAAAAAGCUUCUCUUAGCAACCAAAUCAACACGAUACUUGCUGAUUUGAGGACUAUCCCUUAUACGGAAGGGUCUCCUCUAGGAGGAGUCGCAGGUGAAGGUUGUAAAGACCUUAGGAGGCAUGUUCGUAUGAGUGAGACACCGAUCACUAGCCCUGAAGAUUUCGGGACCUUUUUGUUCUCGAGCCCGCACCGGGGCGGUGAUGUGUUCGUCAAAUUCCUUCGUCAAUUAUCAUCGUCGUUCACGAAUGGUUCUGGCCAGCGCAUCGUUUUCACACAUGGAGACAUAAGGCCGGACAAUCUUAUGGUUAUGUUAGCCGACAACAAGUACAUCAUUCCGGAAUCCUUGAUUGGGAGUAUAGUGGGUUUUAUCCAGACUAUUAUGAAUCUGUCAGGUGCACGAACUGCCUAG